GUCCGGGCGACGACGAUGGCCGGGGAUGUGGGCGGUCGCAGCUGCACGGAGUCGGAGCUGCUGUUGCACCCGGAGCUGCUGUCGCAGGAGUUCCUUCUUCUCACCCUGGAGCAGAAGAACAUAGCUGUUGAAAAUGACAGGAGAGUGAAUAAAGACGUUCUUACUGAUCUCUAUGUCCAGCAUGCAAUACCAUUGCCUCAGAGAGCUUUACCAAAGAACCGAUGGGGGAAAACGAUGGAAAAGAAAAGGGAGCAGCAUGAGGUACAGCACGGGAUUAAAAGUGCCAGUGUGGACGGGUUCAGGAAAAGACCCCUCAUUGUGUUUGAUGGAAGUUCAACAAGUACGAGCAUCAAAGUGAAAAAGACAGAGGAUGGCGAUAACGACCGGCUAAAGCCUCCCCCGCAGGCAAGCUCUACCAAUAAUGUCUUUCGAAAAUUACCCAAUUCCUCUUCAGUUGUUUCACCCCUAACUUUGUCUUCCAAUUUUCCUGUGAACAAUGAAAUGGAACAUGAUAUUAAUGACACUAAACAGAACCAUGACUUAGCACAUAGGGAAAGUUCUUUGGACGCUGUGAAGUUGCCACCGUUAUCCCCGGUUGGAACUACGCCAGUGAAGUUAAAGCGAGCUGCUCCUAAGGAAGAAGCAGAGGCUGCAAAUAACCUGAAGCCCCCAGAAGCAAAGAGGAAGAUACAACAUGUUACAUGGCCUUGAAGGAAAAUUUCCAAAAAUGUAAAUACAGCUAUAACUAGUUUUUCACACAAGGUCACAGUUACUGACAGUAUUUAUAGGGCCCUGAUUAUUAAAGAAUUUCCUUAACAGGUUUAAGAUUAGGUAAGAAAGGUCAUGUUAUUUCCCCUUUUUUCCUAAAUUUUACUUCUUUUCUUUAAAAUUCUUGCCUCAGAUAGCCUGAAUCUGAGAAAAGUUGCUUUUGUUGUUGUUUUUUUUAAACUAAUGACUUAGUCUAAGUCAUUUAUAUUGGUAUUAGUCAUAUCCUGAGCUGCAAGUUUGAUAUAAAGCAUUGUGUGCAUUUUAGGAAUUAUUCUGUUUGUCUCAGUCAUUGGAAGGGGAGGGGCACAUUUUGUAACUAAAAUAUUUUACUAGCCACAAUUUUCCCUGUGUUGCUUCUUUCCAUCAGAAUGAAAGGGGCAAUCAGGGCUUACUACUGCUCUUCCCUUCGAUAUGCUACCAGGAUUAAUUUAUCAUGAUCGCUCGGUCAGUUUCUAUCCUUCAUCUUUCUGAGCCCUGAUGGCACCACAGCUAAAGCAUUUGGCUGUGAAUCCAAAGGACAGUGGUAGGAACCCACCAGUCCUUCUGUGGGAGAAAAAUCAGGUCAUUUGCUUCCUGGAAGGUUACAGCCUUGGAACAGUUCUACUUUGUCCGGUAGGGUUGCUGUGAGUCAGAAUAAACUUGCUGGAACUGGGUUUUGUUUGGUUGCGAAGCCUUCUCUUGCCGUGCAGUUGUCCAUCACGCUUUUCAUGAGCAGCCUGUGAUUACACUUUUGCUGUUUGCAUGUUGCUCCCUCAUCGAAGUCUAAUCAUUUAAAAAUUAAGUUUUCUUAAACCUUCAGGUUAAGUAAUCAUGUUAGAGGUGAUACCUGGUGGCAGGAAGUAUAGAAAAAAGGAAGGUGAGAACAGAGUUCUAGAACAUCUAAGAGUCUGGGAAGUAUAGCAGCGCGGGCCUGGGGAGAGUCGAAGGGCACUGAGGUCCAGACAGCCCUGCAGAGUGCGGCAGGAAAAAUGCCCCCCUCCCUUAAGUGACCUAAUGGGGACAGCUUGCUACCAGCAGUCACACAGAUUCACUAGUCAGGUUUGUUGAUUUUUUUUUUUUUAAAUGGUAUUAUCAUUCCAGUUGUAUAAUGGAAGUCAGUAAGAUAACAGGAUUUACCGUAUAUGUCAACCUUUCUGAAAGAAUUAAUACUUUUCUCUCCUUGUAUGAUUGAGCUUAACAUUGGCAUCUGCCCUUCCUAAUUUAGAGUCUCAUUCCUCUUUUGAUGUUAAAACAGUCAUUUGAGUUCAGGUAUUGAAUAACCUUAAAAUUUAUUUGAUCCUGUCAGUAUUGUUACUAAAACUUAAAAUUUUCAGUCUGGUCAUUAUUCCAGACUGUAAAUCUGAAAAUGUAAGGCAUAAUUGAUGCAUCCUAAGUGUUGCAUAAAUGGUUAAUGGUUUUAAGUAUAUCAGUAUCUGCAGGGCUGCUAUAUGUUAUAUUGUUGAUGUGUAUCAGUGAUCCCAUAAAUAAACAUAUAUUAAGGGUGAGUUUAGAAUAGAAAAAGUUCUAGUUUCUAUUCAACUCAUUUGUUCCCCUCUGCUUCCAUUUGCAUUUUUCUCUCGGUUAAGAGAGAAUUAGCCAUUUGACAAUUUUAAGUCAGUGGUAGCGAAUUUUCAGUUAUGCAAUUAGAUUAAUUUUUUAUUUGUAUAUUUACCUUACAGAGUAUGUUGGUAAUAACAGCUGAAUUGUGUAGCGCUGUUGCUUCAAAUUGAAGUUUAUACUAUGACCGUUCAGAGUCCGUGCUCAGAUAGCAGCGUGCUGAGCUCGGUUGAGUUUGCAGUGUGCAGAAGAGCUGGACGUGACUUCACACACUAUGUAAUGCCUGUGCCUUUGGGAGUUUGCAGACACAGCUUGUUUUGAAAUGUCACUCUCCACUUCGUGAAGCACACGGAGUGAAGGGAACCAAGCAGAAGUGUUGGAAAUCUUCUGUUUUGCAAUGUUGGGUGGUGUGCUUUGAAGGUUAAAGGGACUUAAUAUUAGUGGGCUACAACUUCAGAACACCCUUAUUUCACUAGCCUGGGUUACUUUUGUUCCUUUCUUAAGGGGAUGAGUGGCAUCCGAGUCGGCGGGCGGCUGUAUAGUUACAGGCACUUCACCACUUCUUGCCACUGGCAAGUUGUCUUUGCUCUUUAUUUUGUUUUGUUUCCGCUUUUUUAUCCUGUUUUCCUAUCCUUUUAAUUGAUUUACUUCCAUUCUCUUCCUCCUUUCUCUAGAUCCUAAGCCUAGGCUUAGGUUUAUAAGUCAUACUGCUUGACCCUGCUCAUUCACUGCACAGUGAAGAUGGACUGAGUCCCCAGGCCUUUUAAAUGUGAGGGCUCCUAGGCUGCUGUGGGAAUUCCAGAAAGUCUCCGAGCCAUGCCACAUCAGGACUUUGAUCUGCUUCCCAGAGCCUGUAAAGGCAGUAUAGUCUUCCAGAACCAGCUGCUUAAUCUAGAGAGCUACCGGGCACUGAGGAAAGUAAGUUCAGCUGAUAGUAUGAAACCAUAAUAUAUUUGCUAAUAUUUAAAAUCCUUCAGAAUUGCAAUUGCUAUUUGAAACAAUAUUUUGGUUGGCUUAAGUUUUGAGAAAUUCUAAAGAUGAUCUAGAGAUUCACUCAGUAGCAAUGAUCUUUUUUAAACUUACACUAAGUAAAACUGCCAGUAGAUUAAAUCAUACACCUGUAAGAGCUCCCUCUGUUUACUACUGUGGAAUUUCUGUAUUUUUGUAGAGGCUUCAAAAUUAUCGACAUGUUUUUAAGUGUGCUCUUUUAUUAAAUGCUUGUGCAAGUUUUGUACUUCAGUGCAGGAAAGUUUAACCUUGUAAUGUAUGUACAUUUUUGUAUAUAAAAAAAUAUUUCAAGUAGCCUUAUCCUUAUUUAAAUAAACAGAAAAAAAUCA